AUGUCCUUCGUCCUAGCUCGCACUCAACCUUUAACCUCGAGGCUUUUCACAUCGCCGAGUCGUCGCACUCAAGUUUCCCUUCACCGAACAGCUUCAGCUUUCUUCUCAACAACCACCAAAAUGGGCGCCCUCACCGAAAACCUCGAGUUCCCCUUCCGCCGCGCCUCCGGCCUCGACCCUCCCCCCGGAGUUCGCCCCCUCGCCUGGAUGGUGACCAAGUACCACGACGUCUGCCAGGUGGCCACGGAUGAGCGGCUGUCCAAGGAGCGCACACGGCCCGGCUUCCCCGAGCUAAGCGCGGGCGGAAAGGAGGCGGCCAAGAACCGGGCCACGUUCGUGGACAUGGAUCCGCCCAAGCACAUGCAGUAUCGUGGCAUGGUUCAGCCCAUCUUCAACAUUGAGCAUAUCCAGGAGCUGAAGCCUUACAUCCAGAAGACGGUGGAUGACUUGCUGGAGAAGAUGAAGAGUAAGGGAUGUGAGGGGGGGCCGGUGGAUUUGGUGCAGAAUUUUGCGUUGCCGGUGCCUUCUUAUAUCAUCUAUACCAUCCUUGGCGUCCCGUUUGAGGACCUCGAGUUUUUGACCCAGCAGAACUCAAUCCGUACGAACGGAAGUUCAACAGCGCGUGAGGCGUCUGCUGCUAAUCAGGAGCUCCUCGGCUACCUCCGCCGCCUAGCUGAGGAUCGUCUGAAGGAACCCAAGGACGACUUGAUCAGCAAACUCAUGACGGAGCAAGUCAAGACCGGCAAACUCGACGUCCCCGAUGCCGUCCAGAUGGCUUUUCUCUUGCUAGUGGCCGGCAAUGCCACCAUGGUGAACAUGAUUGCCUUGGGCAUCGUAACCCUCUUUCAGAACCCCUCCCAACUCGAAGAACUCAAGCGCGACCCCUCCGUCAUCCCCGGCUUCGUCGAAGAGCUCAGCCGGUUCCACACGGCUUCGGCCAUGGCCAUCCGCCGCGUCGCCAAGGAGGACCUCGAGAUCGGCGGCAGGACCAUCAAGAAGGGUGAGGGCGUCAUUGCCUCCAACUUGUCGGCCAACCGCGACGAGGAGGUCUUCAAGGACGCGGACAAGUUCGAUAUGCAUCGCGAAUGGCCUGAGAGGGAGCUGGGCUUUGGGUGGGGAGAACAUAGGUGUAUCGCGGAGUUUUUGGCCAAGGCGGAGAUGAGGGCUGUCUUUGGAACCAUCUUCAAGAAGUUGCCGAAUCUCAAGAUUGCGGUACCCAUGGACAAGAUCGAGUACACGCCUCUCGAUCGCGAUGUUGGAAUCGUUAAGUUGCCUGUCACAUGGUAA